AUGGCUACCUUCCAAGGCUACCAGAGAAAUAUCGAGAGGAAUGUCGACAACACACCUGUGCUCGACACGGCAAACAACGAACAGAUCCACGCUACGUAUAAUAACGUUAGCCUGAAAUUCAACAACGAAGAUCACGGCAAUGGAACGAUAUACAUAACGACUUCCAGGCUUGUCUGGAUGGCCAGCGAUACUUCGAAGGUUUCCUAUGCCUUCCCCUACCUGGGAAUGGUGCUCCACGCCGUUUCAAAGGACAAGGCACUCUGCGAAACGCCAUGUGUAUUCAUACAACUUCAAGGAGACUCCGCUGACGAUGAGGAGGGUGAAAUACCGGUAGUCAUCCUAGCACCGGCCCAGGCGGAACAGGUGGAAAACAUCUUCGAGGGCAUUUCGCACAUGAAUUCACUCAUCGAGCCACUGAUUUCGCAAUCAGAAGAUGAAUCGGAUGGCGAGGAUGCCUUCGAUGAAGAGGAUGAUGAAGAUGACGGUGCGAUAGAGGUGGACGAGCAAACGCAAGAAGACCGGGUCGAAUAA